AUGCCUCUCUUCCUCGGAGAAGUAAAAGAUGCGAAGGACUUCGACGAGAUCCUCCUUGUCCUCUAUGCCGACUUCGGUGAGCCCUAUAACUCUUUGCGCAGAUGGUUUAUCCCAGUCCACACCACAGUCGAAGCAGCAAUCGAAGAUGCCAAAGCGCAGUACAUGAAGUCUUGGAAGCAACACGGCAGCAUCCACUGGGUCAAAGUCACGGAUAACGAUUCCGGCAAUAUUGUUGGGGCAGCCGAGUGGGAGAUUCGCGAAAGAGUGAGCCCAUCUGAUGAGCCACGGAAACUCAUUGACGCAUAUUGGCACAUUGAGGGUACUGAAGAGAAGGCUUUUGCUGGAAAACUUGCUACAAGCUUAGAAGGGUUUAUGAAAGACAGGAUGGCCAGACCUCAUAUUGAACUGGAACAACUGGUUGUACAUCCUGAUCACCGCAAAAGGGGCGCUGGAAGAUUGCUUACCAACUGGGGGGUCCAGAAAGCGGAUGAACUGGGAUUAGAAUGCUGUGUCGAGUCUGUCCUUUUUGCUGUGCCCAUAUACGAAAGGUGCGGGUUUGGCAACGUAGACUGCCUCGAUCCGGACUUAACUACCUCCAAUCCAAGUGCGAGAUGGAAGGAGUACGAAGCAGAUGACUUACGCGUCUUCUUGAUGUGGCGCCUGGCGGGUCAUGAUUACCGUUCCGGAGAAGAUAGACUACCACUGUCCAUUAUUUAA